CCCGAUCGAGGGCCUUCUCCAUUCCCACUCCCCGCGGCCGCCAAGGCCACCCCUUUUUUGCCAUCGGAUCGUAUCCUCCCCGCCCGACGUAUCAUCUAAUAUUAAAUGGGGAACUGCUGCUCCGGCGAAGCCUCUCCGGAAUCCAACAACAGCAACAACAAUGCGGCCGACGAGGGAACGACAACCUCCCAAGGGCGGGGCGGCGGCGGCGGGCACAGCUCGUCGGUGCACAACGGGCCGACGUCGAACAAGAUCAUGACGACGCCGCCGCAGCACGGGGCGGCGCCGGGGCAGGGGAAGGGGACGACGGCGAUCGGGCCGGUGCUGGGGCGGCCGAUGAGCGACGUGCGGACGGGGUACGCGAUCGGGAAGGAGCUGGGGCGGGGGCAGUUCGGGGUGACGCACCUGUGCACGGACAAGCAGACGGGGGAGCAGCUGGCGUGCAAGACGAUCGCGAAGAGGAAGCUGGUGAACAAGGAGGACAUCGAGGACGUGCGGCGGGAGGUGCAGAUCAUGCACCACCUCUCCGGCCAGCCCAACAUCGUGCAGCUCAAGGGCGCCUACGAGGACAAGCACUCCGUGCACCUCGUCAUGGAGCUCUGCGCCGGCGGCGAGCUCUUCGACCGCAUCAUCGCCAGGGGCCACUACACCGAGCGCGCCGCCGCCUCCCUCCUCCGCACCAUCGUCCAGAUCGUCCACACCUGCCACUCCAUGGGCGUCAUCCACCGCGACCUCAAGCCCGAAAACUUCCUCCUCCUCAGCAAAGACGAAGAUGCCCCUCUCAAGGCCACCGAUUUCGGCCUCUCCGUCUUCUACAAGCAAGGAGAUGUGUUCAAAGACAUAGUGGGAAGCGCGUAUUACAUAGCACCGGAGGUGCUGAAGAGGAACUACGGACCGGAGGUUGACAUAUGGAGCAUAGGCGUGAUGCUGUACAUUCUUCUGUGCGGCGUCCCGCCCUUCUGGGCCGAGUCCGAGAACGGCAUAUUCAACGCCAUCUUGCGCGGUCACGUUGACUUCUCCAGCGACCCCUGGCCCUCCAUCUCUCCCGGAGCAAAGGACCUCGUCAAGAAAAUGCUCAACCCCGACCCCAAGCAAAGGCUCACCGCUUUCCAAGUCCUAAAUCACGGGUGGAUAAAGGAGGACGGGGAGGCGCCGGACACGCCGCUGGACAACGCGGUGCUGGAGAGGCUGAAGCAGUUCAGGGCGAUGAACAAGUUCAAGAAAGUGGCGCUGAGAGUGAUAGCGGGGUGCCUCUCGGAGGAGGAGAUCAUGGGGCUCAAGGAGAUGUUCAAGUCCAUGGACACCGACGGUAGUGGCACCAUUACCCUCGAGGAACUGAAGCAUGGCCUCGCCAAGCAAGGCACCAAACUCUCCGAAUAUGAAGUCAAACAACUCAUGGAAGCUGCUGAUGCAGAUGGGAAUGGGACUAUAGACUAUGAAGAGUUCAUCACAGCAACGAUGCACAUGAACAGAAUGGACAGAGAAGAGCAUCUCUACACCGCAUUCCAAUACUUCGACAAGGACAACAGUGGGUAAGUGCCAAUAUUCUAUAAUUAAGCUAUGUUGGUGUA